AUGUGGGGGGCGGGACGCAUCUGUGGCCAUUGCCUCUCAUCAUCCGCUACGACCCAAAGCGACAUCCCGAAGCAUCCGGUCGUUGAGCCGGCCCCCUUCGACUCCGGAAGGGUCAUGCCAUACUCGCCUCUGCGAGACAGGGGCCGAUACUGCUACGUGAAGCCCAGCUGCACCGAGGGCCGCGACGACGCGCCCAAGGUUUUCGGGGCCUUUACGGAAUGUAAUGGUGGCGGCACGCACAUUAACGUGGUCAUCACGGGCGAGGUUCAUUUCGCCACCGACCCUUACUACUGGGUUGAGCAAAGCUUCAAGUGUGCUUUCCAGAACCAGUCGCUUGGCGACGAACACGUCAACAUUUACGGGGAUCUCGGCAAUGACAAGUCCGUUAUUGACGGCCACGGCCAGGUGUAUUGGGGGGAGAUUUCAAACGAACAAGAGAUCAAGCCACAUCAGAUCUUGAGGCCAAUGUUGUUCUCCUUCGAGGGUGUUGAGGGAGCGACCAUGUCCCACCUUCGCAUGCGCAACCCGCCCAACUGGUCCAGCUUGAUCGCCAACAGUACUGAUGUGGUCAUCAGCGACAUGGAUCUCCGGGCAAUUGCCGUAAAUGGUGUGGAGAUUGCCAACUCCGACGGUUGGGAUACUUAUCGCUCCGAUCGGAUCGUCAUUCAGAACUCGUACAUCAUCACACGGACGGUUAGUCAAUCAUUCGACUCUCACCUGGGCCCCCAAAGUCAUGGAGGCCUUGACAAUACAAACAUUGUCGUUCAAAACGUGGACUGCACCGGCUCUCACGGGAUGAGCGUCGGUUCACUGGGCCAGUACAAAGACGAGACCGACACUUUCGAGAACGUCUACGUUUACAACACCAGCAUGGCCGACGCGAGCGAUGCCGCGCGCAUCAAGGUCUGGCCCGGCAUUGAGACGGCAUUCCAGACCCUCCUGAACGACGGCGGUGGCCUCGGCCGCGUCAGGAACGUCACGGACAUCAACAACGACCGCGCCAUCACCACCACCACCCAGUGCUACGGACAGAAGAACCAGACCUUCUGCGAAGAGUUCCCUGCCAACCUGACAAUCUCCGAUAUCACUCUGAAGAACAUCUGCGGAACGACGUCCGAGAAAAUUGACCCCCAGGCCGGCACGCUGGUCUGCAGUGCCCCAGAGCGCUGCAACAACAUCCGCGCUGAGAACGUCACCGUCACUGUUCCGAGCGGAAAGUCGCCUAUUUAA